AUAUCAUCGUUAACCCAUUUUCAGGUUGGCUCUCUCUCUCAGAUUCCGCAAAAAAAUUCCCUUGGCAUUUUCUCUGUUCUUCCCCAUCUCUUCGGUCGGUUUGUGAAUAUUCCAGAAGAACCAUCAAUCAGUCAUCAGCCAGGCUUGUGGUGUGGAUAGUGGAUACCGAGGAAUUGUUGCCUAGCUGGAGAGCGACGGCGUAUCAGUGCCACAGCUUGAUCGUAUCGCCUACCGCAAUUUAUCAGUGUAGUUUGUCUCAGGAUUGUUUAAAUAUUCCGAUUCCACGUACUCACAGGUGUUUGUUUUUCCUCCCCGCAGAACGCCAACGUUACUGCGUGUUUUAUUUCAACUGAUUUCCCUCACCAUCCAGCCAGAAUGGGGAAUAUGUUUCAGAAGUUAUUCCAGGGUUUAUUUGGUAAGAAGGAGAUGCGGAUUCUGAUGGUCGGAUUGGAUGCUGCGGGUAAAACCACCAUUCUGUAUAAGCUGAAGCUCGGUGAGAUUGUCACAACCAUUCCAACCAUUGGUUUCAACGUGGAAACGGUGGAGUACAAGAACAUCAGUUUCACGGUGUGGGACGUGGGUGGUCAGGACAAGAUUCGACCGCUAUGGCGCCACUACUUCCAGAAUACUCAAGGUUUGAUUUUUGUGGUGGAUAGUAAUGAUCGUGAGCGCGUCGGUGAAGCUCGGGAAGAAUUGAUGCGGAUGUUAGCUGAGGAUGAAUUACGCGAUGCUGUUCUGCUUAUUUUUGCCAAUAAACAGGAUUUGCCGAAUGCAAUGAACGCAGCAGAAAUUACCGACAAACUUGGACUGCAUUCCCUGCGAAACCGCAAUUGGUUCAUCCAAGCCACAUGUGCCACGAGCGGUGACGGCUUGUAUGAGGGAUUGGAUUGGCUUUCUAAUCAGCUGAAGAACCAAAAAUGAGCGGAAAUGUGACUCCAGUCAGCGCGGAUCAGCCCAUUGUACUGUUGUUUGUGGACAAAGAUGUUUUUUGUUAUUCGGCUCCAGUCUUCAUGCUAAUUGUAUUUGAGACCCAUCCAUUGUGGCAAACCGUGGGGAAGAGAACAAUCACCGUAAUCACAAUCUUCUUUUUUGCGAUUUCCUCUUUUUCUGCAAAAUAUCUAUUUAUUUGAUGACGAACGUCGCCAUUUAACGUAAAAAUAGUGCAGUAAUAAAAGCCAUGCUGUGUGUUUUUUGGUUUCCGUUGGAUCGUUUCCCCCUGUAUAACACUUGACUGUUUGUAUACUUGCUUUCAUUUCGCAACAUUCACCCGCUUUUUAGUUAACCUUUUUUAUGCAUGAGCCCUUGAUUCUUUUUAACGCUUUUUGGGAUGAUAAUUGAAAAACGAUCUGGCCGG